GUAGCCCAGUUUUAAAUUUCUCUGUUCUCCUUACGCUAUUCUCGAGUCUCUCACGGCCUUGAUUUUAGCGAAUAGUGGAAGCCAACUUCCCUGCUCGUUUCCACUCCAGUUUUCGCGUUCACCAGUCUACUUGUUCUCGAAACUUUCGAGUGUACCUUUGUCCAUAACCAUUUCGGGAUGUCGUAAGCCACUGAGCCCACUGAACCCUGACAACUUCUUUGUGCUGGCCCGGGCCGCAGGCAGCUCGAAGCUUGAUUAGUUUCUCGUUCUGGGCGCGAAUGAAGUGCAACUUUCAAGUUCUCCACACCACGAAAGCCGUCAAAGAAAGCUCCCAGCAAUGCAUUACCUCCGACAGCUGGCAAUAGGAAUUGCGCUUUUCGCUGUGCUGUGCCGUGCAGCCCUAGCUGCCGCGGACAGCGUUUUGGCAGGCAAUGCUCGGCAACAGCUCGAAGCGAGGACGGGCGGUAGGACUGUUAUCGGAGGCCACGGCGUGGUCGUCAUCCCGAACAACGGCCAAGGGAUCGAGCAGGCUGGUGGCGAGGUGCGGAUAGUCGAUAUCGGGGGCGCCACGGUGCAAGUGAUAGCAGGCGCCGAUGUUACCGUCAACGGGGAGCCAAUAUUAGCAGACGUCGAUGAUGAGAACCGGGAUUCCGGGCCUGGCGUGAUGGUAGACGCACCAAACCAGCCAUUGAGCGCGGGACAGGCCGCUGCGAUUGCCUUUGCGAUGGCCGCGGAGGAGCUCAAGGCGGAGAGCAGACUAGAUGAAAGCGCAGGCGAAGAUAGGAGUGGUAAAUAAUGGCAAGUGUGUGUGUGUGUGUGUGUGUUUGUGUGUGUGUGUGGUGUGUGUGUUUGUGUUUGUGUGUAUGUGUGUGCAUGCCUCUCAGUUGCUGUCGCCGAGCCUGUCUGUGAGAAGUAAAAAGCACCUAGGUUAUCGAUAUGAUCGUCUCCGGAAUUUACCACCUGUACAGCCGAAGCUAGCACAAUCGCUUGCUAAUCCUCCGAUGUCCCGCAAUUACAUAUGAUGGUUCAUAUAGGAUGUACGGAAUCGAGGUUGGAAUUGGGGUUUGGCCUAAUCUGAACUGACAGCAAACCGUGC